AUGAACAGCACACACGCAUCAGGCAGCAGCACAUCGGCGCCCAGCGUCUCGCUGCUCACGCUGCCUGCCGCGUCGCCGUACGCCGAGCCGCAGUUCCUGCUGCUCACCUGCACGCCGCACGCCGGCGCGCUCCUCGUCCACGUCUGCGCCGCGCCGCCCGCGGCCAUCGUCGCCGGCGAGCGCGCCGCUGCGCCGCCACCGCCGCCCCAGCAGACGCACGCCGAGACGCCCGCCGAGCGCGACCAGCGCCUCGUCGACGAGGCGGCCGACGGCGACCUCGAGCGCGCCCUCGCCGCCGCACAGCUCGAGGCCGGGCGCGACGCGGCGCCGGCGCCCGGCAGUGCGCAGCCCGUCGGUGCGCUGGCGCGCGAGUGGGCCGUCGCCAUGGCACGGCCGGGGCAGCGGCCGGGCACCGAGGCGCUCGGCACGGCCCUCUUCCGCACGCCGGCAGACGUGGCACUGCCGAUUGCCAAGCGGCUCGCGCGCCGCCUGCAGCUGCCGCAGCUGCUGCUCUCGCUCGACCUGCCGCCGCUCGGCGAGCCCGGCGCGCCCGAGACGAGCGCCGCGAUGCUCGGCCUCGAGCGCGGCCUGCUCGAUGCGCUGCGGGCGCACGUGGCGGCGCAGGGCGGCGCAUCAAUAGCAUGAGUGCGGUACGCAGCAUGCAGGAGCGGGCAUAAGAUGUGCAGGGUGUGGUAGUGUACAGGCGUGACGGGGCGUCGUGCAGGUGCGCGGAUCGUGAGGAGCGUCUAGUUCUCGGGAAUGCGGCUGCCGGAGAGGCGUCAAUCAGGGCCGCACCAGCGCAGCACGCUCGCACAACCCACAAGAUGGUGAUCUCCUGCUGCUUGAAGUAGCGCCGGUUCUCCUCGUCGAUGAGCACGAGGUUGAGGUAGUAGCGCGUCGAGAACUUCUUGUUG